AUGGCCCACAACCAGCCAUACCGCCCACAGGGCCAACAAAGCCACGGUCUCCCAGCUCGCCCCGCCUUCGCCCCUUCCAACGCCGGUCCUUCAACCCAGAACGUUUACCCCCAAGCACACCCAUACAUGGCCUACCCCCAACAAGGCUUCUACCAAUCCCAAGCCCAAGCAGCAUACGGCGGAUACCAAGCAAACAUGUCGGGCGGCUACCCGGCCGGCGGGUUCUACCCCAUGUAUAACCCCUUGUUUCAGCAGAUGCCAAUGCAGCCUGUCGCGAAUGCCGAGGGGUAUUCUUACUCUAGCGCUUACUUGGGUAGCCAGACUUCUGCACCCAGCGAUACCUCUGCCGCUGUAGAUCCCCCAGCGAAGAAGCAGAGGACGAAUUACCCCCAGGCGAGCACUGGGCAGAGCACGAAAGCGUGGAGGAAUUGCUCGCAAGCGGGAUGCAAAUUUGUGGGUCCCGGGGACCAGGUGGAGAUACAUGAGGAAGACCGGCACUUGAUCUAUGUACCUGGAAAGAAGGUCGUGAGGAGUGAAGAAGAGGAGAGGUUUGCGAGGCAGAAAGGACCUUUACCUCCUAUACAAGGCACUUCCAUAACACUGAAUACGCCUGAAGAUAUCGAAAAGUGGAUUGCAGAACGUAAAGCUCGUUGGCCCACAGCUAAGCGGCUGCAGGAAAAGGAGGAAGAGCACAAGUCUGCUGUAGAACGGGGCGAGAUACCUCAAAAUGGCAGAGGAAAGGGCCGAAAGCUAGCCCCGGCCGUGAUGGCGGAAGAAUGGGGCAGAGAAGCCAGACCCAUGGAGAACGCGGGCGUCAGUAGAGAGCGAGACGGCAUGAGGGGGCGUGGGAGGGGCAGGGGAGGUGCGCGAGGCAGCGGAGGACGUUUCGGUGGAGAUGAGAGGCCAGAUGUGCCGGGGGGUCAGCGGCAGCAGAGAGAAAUUAUUCCCACGACUAGCGAAGUGGCCGACGCUGCGAAGUUACCAGCGCUGGGAGGAUACGACUCUGCCGCCGAGGGUAGCUCUAGCUCCAGCUCCAGCUCCUCUUCUUCCUCAGACUCUUCUUCCGACUCUGAUUCAUCCGACUCCGAGUCUGAAGCCGAGAACGACGACAAAAAGUCCUCUCCUGCCAAAGCUCCAGCAGGACCGACCAAGCCGAUCUGCAAGUUCUUUGCCAAAGCUGGCCGAUGCAAGUUUAACGACAAGUGUCGUUUUGCCCAUGUUGCUUCGGAAGGCUCUUCUGCCCCUCGAGCUGCACCCUCGCAAAAACCCGAGCUUGACAAGAAGCAAGCCAAGCAGCCGUUGCAGAAGCGAUCAAACCCCUUUGAUAGGCCUAGUAUACUCGGUGCUCUGUUGGCAAACCCUAUUCAGAACACCGUGUCUCAACUAUCACAAACGAUACGUUUUCUCGUUGCCAACGACAUGCUACGAAACGUCGAGCUUCAUCCUGGACAGGCAGAGGAUGAAGAGCGGGAGAGGAAUAAGGUGACUGUGGUGGGAGAAGGGGAACAGGAAUCAGACGCGAAGCUUGAAGAGCACAUCAAUGAGAAGGUUGCAAGAAAGGAUGAGAAGCCUGAGAAGAGUGUCGAGGACGAGAGGCUUGAUGGACAGGCGGUGGAAAGUGGGGUAGAGAAGGAUCUCGAGUAA